AUGGAUGAAGAUAGUAAAGCAAAUGGCACGUCCGUAAAUGCCCAGAACGAUGACUUCACUUGUCGUUGGUCGGACUGUACCGACCGCCACUACACAACGUUAUCUUCGUUGGUAACCCACUUAACUCACAGCCACUUGACAAGUAACGCACAACAACAACAGCAACAACUGCAACCGCUGCAACAACAACAACAACUACAACAACAACUGAACAAUCUGUCCUCACAAACACAAAAAUACACCUGUCAGUGGGAAGGAUGCCUGAGAUUUGGAAUGGAACAACCUUCCAGAUUCGCCCUCAUUUCACAUUGUAGAACUCACACCGGGGAGAAACCAUACUUCUGUCCAAUACCCGAAUGUGAGAAGCACUUCACAAGAUCCGACGCUCUCACCAAGCAUGUUAAGGGUGUACAUGACCUACACCUGACCAAAGACGCGUUGAUGCUUAUCCGAGACAGAGUGAAAAAGGGCAAACUGGAUGCAUUCUUAAAGGACCACGAUAACUUCGAUGAAGAAGAGUACUUAAAGCUAAUUGAGAGAGACUUUGAGAUGAGGACCCCGUGGUGGUUCCUGAAUGAGUUUAUCGAAUUGAAUGCUGAGCAGCAGUCCGAUGAAUCUGACGUCGAUGUUGCCUCCAUAGUUUCCCGGCCUUUAGACGUUCAGCAGCAUAUGAUAGCGCAAGCUCGUUACAACUUCUUCUUGAAGUCUUCCCAAGACCAGGAGCUUGUGACAGAUGACAACGAAUAUAAAGGAGAGUUGCAGAAGGCUGUUGAUUCUUUAGCGGCUGACCAUCAAAAGCUCGAUAACGAUGAAGACAGCUCGAUUGAAGAUGACGAUGACCUCGAGUCACUCAAAUCCAAAUACAAGAUCCUUAAGACCCGUUACAAUACAGCAACGAAGAUCAAUCUGCUGGUGUGCAAUCAACUCACACAGUCUGUGAAAGAGAAGAGGAAGCUCUGGCUCGCAAACCAAAUUCUCCUCGAUGCCAAUAUACAACUUGGACUCCCACAAGCUAAGGAGGAGAAGGGCCAGGAAAUCGUUGCCUUGGUAAGCAAGGACGUCGUACUUGAUAAAUUCGAUGAGGAAUUGUUGGCAUAG